UCAGUUCAAUGUUGGUUUGGAAAAAAGAUGUUUCAAUUUCUCUUUACCAAAAUGAACCAUUUGGAUCAAGUUCUAGUGCACAUUUUUUCAUAAAACCUUCACAAAAAUAUUGGUUGCUGCUGAACAUGAUCACACUAGUGUUGCUUAGACAUCACAACCUUGAUCAGCGUAAAAAGUGGGCCUGACUCCGUAGACCGGCCUCCUACCUCCCUUUUUUUUUGUUGCUUGGCAAGGAUAAAGCAGAUUGAGGAGUGUAGUCGCUAAGAUGGCCCGGUGGAGCGUGUGUCGGAGACCUGCGGGGCUGCUGCUGUCCUGGACGGAGGAACUCGCAGCAUCAGGUGUGCGCUCCAGCAGCAGCGUGCCCGUGAUCCGGCAGGCGUACUCGGAGAGCGGCAGCGUCAUCAGGCCUUUCAACGAGAUCCCCGGACAGUGGAAAAACGGGCUGGUCAACCUGUACAACUUCUGGAAGCAGGACGGCUUCAAAAACCUCCAUCGGAUCAUGGUGCAGAACUUUAACACGUUUGGACCCAUUUACAGAGAGAAAAUAGGUUAUUAUGAAAGCGUAAAUAUCAUCAAACCUGAGGAUGCUGCUACCCUGUUUAAAGCUGAAGGCCAUUAUCCCAAAAGGCUGAAAGUUGAACCUUGGACAUCAUACAGAGACUUCAGGAACCGUAAAUAUGGAGUUCUGCUAAAGGAUGGUGAAGACUGGAGAUCAAACCGUGUGAUUCUUAAUAAGGAGGUGAUUUCCCUGAAGAUGCUGGAGAACUUUGUGCCUUUGCUGGACGAUGUUGGGCAGGAUUUUGUGGCCAGAGUUCAUAAAAAGAUCAAGCGUAACGGCCAGAACAAAUGGACCACAGACCUCUCUCAGGAACUGUUUAAAUAUGCUCUGGAGUCUGUGGGCUCGGUGCUGUACGGGGAGCGUUUGGGUUUACUGCUGGACUACAUCGACCCUGAGGCCCAGCACUUCAUCGACUGCAUCACCCUCAUGUUCAAGUCCACCUCCCCCAUGCUGUACAUCCCCCCCAGUCUGCUCAGGCGCGUUGGGUCAAAGGUGUGGCGGGACCAUGUGGAAGCUUGGGAUGGGAUAUUCAACCAAGCUGACCGCUGCAUCCAGAACAUCUACCGGGAGUUACGUCAGGAGACGGGACCCUCUGAGAAAUACCCAGGAGUCCUAGCUAGUCUGCUGAUGCUGGACAAGCUGUCCAUUGAAGACAUCAAAGCCAGCAUCACUGAGCUAAUGGCUGGAGGAGUAGAUACAACUUCCAUAACGCUACUGUGGACGUUGUACGAAUUAGCCAGACACCCCAACCUGCAGGAGGACCUGAGGGCGGAGGUGGCUGCAGCUCGAGCUGCGAGUCAGGGAGACAUGAUGGAGAUGCUGAAGAGGGUUCCUUUGGUCAAAGGAGCAAUAAAAGAAACAUUGAGGUUACAUCCAGUUGCAGUGAGUCUGCAAAGAUACAUUGCAGAGGAUAUAGUCAUUCAAAACUACCACAUCCCAGCUGGGACUUUGGUCCAGCUGGGACUGUAUGCGAUGGGAAGGGACCCUAAGGUGUUCUUUCGUCCGGAGCAGUAUCAGCCGUCCCGCUGGCUGAGGACAGAGACGCACUACUUCAGAAGCUUAGGAUUCGGUUUCGGCCCUCGCCAGUGUUUAGGACGCAGAAUAGCCGAGACAGAGAUGCAGAUCUUCCUCAUCCAUAUGCUUGAGAACUUCAGAGUGGAGAAGCAGCGUCACAUUGAAGUGCAGAGUACCUUUGAGCUCAUUCUCCUGCCAGAUAAACCCAUAAUACUGACUCUGAAACCUCUCCAAGCUAGUCCGUAACGUCAACUUUUGUGGUGUGCGGUGAGUAAAGUUGAAUUCUUUAACCCUGUCAUUCAUCUGUGCAGGGCUUCACCAAACACCACUUCAAAAAACUGGAAAACCCUCCAAACGUCCACAGGGAAUAAAAAAUAAAUAAGUUUAGGAAAGCUGCAAUGUACAUUAAUGACCUCAAUGAUUGACUAUUUCAUUUAGAAAGUUAGUAUAUAUACUGUAUUUAUUUAGAGAUUUGACGAGCUUUAAAAAUGUACAAUGUGUUGAAAAACUGGAAUGUACAUGCACUUAGAAAAAGAUGUAUUUAUAUAAGCUUAAUAAAGAAUAGAAGUGAUGGAAAGAUGA